UUAGAAUUAUGACACACGCAGACAUGACCACAAUAACGAGGUAAGGUGAUCCACAUGGGAGGGGGCCGGCGUGCCGGCAGACAGCUGAUCGGUGCCGCCGCUUUGCCCGUAUUGCAGGCCAUCGUCUUGAUGCGCCCAGUCCUGGGCCCACCAUCUCCGCUCGCUGCGAAGUACGACCGGCGGCUGAUCGAGGUGAGGAGGCCAUGCGUACAGCCGGCACGCGGCUGCUAUGCUCUCACCGCAGUUCCGUGUGGAUGUGUUGGUAUUUGUAAUUGUGUGUGUUUUGGUACAUCAGAUUGUAUGUUAGCAUAUCAGAUUGUUUGUAGUGGUACAUCAGAAUGUGUUGGUACACCAAAUGGUACAUGUUAGGACAUCAGAAGUUAUCAUCACAUCUAUCAAUACUCUCAACACCAUCAUCCUCACCAUUGGCAUCAACUUCAUUACCACCAGCACCACCACUCACAUCAUAAUCACCUUCAUUACCAUAAUUGUUUGUUACCAACAGGAAGAAGCUGAUUUGCCAGAGCCGCCCACAUCCAUGUCCAUGAUGGUGCCCAAAGUCAUGGCACCCUCUUCUCAGCCUCCGACUGCACAGCCUCCCAAAGCUCAGCCUCUCAUCGCUGUGCCACCCACCGCUGUGCCACCCACAACUCUGCCAUCCAAGGAUCGGCUUGCCACUGCUCAGCUUCUCAAAGUUGUGCCACCCACACCUCUGCCACCCACGCCUAUGCCUCCCACAGCUGAGCGACCCACAGCUCUGCCACCCACGGCUCGACCUCGGAAGGUUCAGCCUAGCGAAGAUCGGCCUCCCAUGGCUCUGCCACGCACACCUCUGCCACCCACAGCUCAGCCUCCCACCACUCUGCCACCCACUGCUCAGCCUCCCACCACUCUGCCACCCAAGGCUCAGCCUCCCACCACUCUGCCACCUACAGCUCAGCCUCCCACAACUCGACCACCCACACCUCUGCCACCAAAGGCUCAGCCUCCCACCGUUCUGCCACUCACACCUCUGCCACCAAAGGCUCAGCCUCCCACCACUCUGCCAACCACACCUCUGCCACCCAAGGCUCAGCCUCCCACAGCUAUGCCACCCACCCCUCUGCCGCCCACCUCAGCCGACAUUCAAGGCCUCAUCACGAACUUUCUCAAGGAGUACUACGGUCUUUAUGAUACCGCAGACCGCGAGGGUCUGCUCAAGAAGUAUCAUAAGGAUGCCCUCAUCACCAUCUACACCCCCUCAGAGUGAGCUGACAAACCCACACACACUCACAAACUGGCCAGCAAGGCUGUCACAUGAAAGGAUGCAUUGGUAUUUGCCACAGACCGCUCUCGGGAGACCGUGUUACAUUGUUUAUCAUAGGUACAGGCGGUUAUAAGCAUCAAUGACAACUUCUAUAGCGUCAUCAAAAGAGCAGGCCAUUUAAAGUGCGCUGAAACGUGUGGAGGUUUUUUUUCACAUAGCCGCAAGCAGCCAAUCAGAAGCUUGCUUUAAAUCCUUCGAAAUGAAAUAUGGCUUCCAAAACUGGAAUUAAAUCGUCAGUUUCCGCAACGAUACCAGAAGAAAGAAAUGCUUUGCGAAAGCACGGAAAUUAAAGCACACUUGUGGAUGUGAGUGUAGCCACUCCGUUUCCUAACACUCCGGAUCUCGUUUCUACCUCCAGGAGCAGCC